UAUUGGGGGGUUAGCAACCAUGGACGACACAGUCGGAGUCAGAGUCCUCUGUUUGGCAGUUUGCUGUGUUGCUCUUACGUUGGCAGCUGAAACUAAGCAGCCAUGCCAGCCUCCUCCGUUGUCAAGUGGAGAAAUGGCAGUGACUGCUGCUCGAGGGAUGCAAGCAGGACAAGGACCAUACAGCUACGACUCUCAGGGGAAGAGACUCCGAUUUACAGAUGACGAGUCCAAAGUCAUGAAGAGGCCUGCCUACCUCGACCUCCUGUUCCUGUUCCAAGAGGGCAUCUUCUACGAGAUGAACAAGAAAACAAGCACAUGCAAGAAGAGGCCUUUAUUGUCGUCGCUCCACCCGAUGGAGGUGCAGCCCAACAUGACGGAUAUCGGGGAGAUGUAUCUGGGCAGCAGAGUGGAGAAUGGCCAGGGGAUUAGCCUCAACAACUGGGUGAUGGUAAUACCAGAUUAUGGUGCGUUUGUGGUGUCCACCAGUACUGGGUGUCUCAGCCUCAGCUCCGUCCUCUUCACCCAGUCAAAGGACCUCCUCAUGUUCAGCAUGCUGGAUGUCACUAGAGAAGUGAAGGAUCCAGCGGUGUUCCAGCCUCCGCCAUUUUGUAAUGGCGUUCCUCUGGAGUCGGAGGGGAACUCCCUCUUUGGCGUCUUUUUAAACCAAGCCAACGCUCAAGUGUUUACAGAAACCUUCCCAAAACACCGGUAGGCUAUAUAGGCACAUGUGUCGACAGCAGGUUCGAAACCUGAAUAUUGAUGCUAGAUAACCAAUUAAAAGCAUUGUCUGACAUCACUGUAAAGUCAACUGGGGAAUUAAUUAAUAGUCGACCCAUGUGCAGUAGUUUCCAAUAGGGCAAUUUCAUUAAAAACACACAAGAGUAUUUGUCAUGGAAAACUUGAAGAAUCAAAUCAAAUUGGUGAAAUGGCAGUAGCCUAUGGUGACAGAAAUAGAAAGCAACAGAUGCAUCAUCACAGGGCUGAGCCCUAGACACCAAAUCAAGUUCACUUAUAAAUGUACAUCCUACAGUUAGUUAUGCUUCAGUAAUAGCAAUGCUGGGCUCGGAGAUAGCCAUGCAGUCUGGACGGCCAGCAAGGCAAGAAAAUACCCUUGAGGAGUUAGAGGGAGCUUU